CACGCAAGAGUCAAGACCGUCGUUAUCCAUUCAGUUCCCCAUCCGCCACCCGCCGCUGUCUCUUGGGUCCUUGUGGCCAUGCUCCUCUCUUCGUACGCAGUCGCGCCAUGGGCGUGCGCGGCAACCAGCGGCCAAGCACACGGCGCGCGCGGCCACGACGACCCUGCAGAGGUCCCGAUGAAGGUCUGCGCUCCGCCAAAUUCAAGUUCUGCUUGCUUGCUAGUGAUUUGAGAUUGAGCUUCUAUCUUUUUCCGCGACUCCUUGAUUUCUUCAGAUGAAGCUUUCAAUUGAGAGUCAGGUAAAUUAAUUUAGGUUCUGCUACUGAAUCGAAUGCAAGAGCCGCUGUUUUGGUCUACGAGUCAAUUUUUUUCCCCAAAGCCUAUGUGUCUUGAUAUUUUUGGUCCAGCUCGCGAGCUUAACGAGCCCGCUCGAGCCCAUCACGAGCCGAGCCGAGCCGAGCUGCCUUGUCUGCGAGCCUGCCUGCUCGUUAGCUUAACGAGCUGCUCCGAGCCAAACUAAGGCUCGAUAUCAGCAUUUCUAAUUGAACACGAACACAACUUUUAGAUGCAUGCAGUGGCAUUUCUGUAGUUCAUCUGCAGAUAAGUCUUCGAAGACUGAAGAGCCGACAGAUUGGACCGUUGAUGUGCGUUGAACAAAGGUCCACCACAAAAUUCCAACGCAAUUAUUGAGUUCCACUCUAUAUCGUAGUUUAUUGACAUUGAAAGGAUGCCAAAGAAGGAAGAAAUGCCCAAGAAAUCAACUACUGCUCUUGGAAUUUUCUUUGGUGCGGGUACUACUAGUAUGGUAUAUUAUUUCCUUUUUACUUGUCUUCAAAGCGGCCUGUUUAUAGUGGACAGCCUAGAUCGCAAGCAACCACUCUGCCCUUCGCAUCAAUUGUCCACUUCUCCGGAAGUACCAAUCCUUCUUUGAGGAGUAGCAAGACGAGAAAGUAUCGAUCUUCAUUCCUUAACUUGUUAUCCCAUAUGGUGGUGGGGAUUGUGCCUGGACUGUGGUUUUCUUAGAUAAUUCUGAGAAACAGGGAGGGGACAGAACGGGUGCUCCAUUAUUAUAGGUCAUCAAAGUUCUGAAGGUUUGCCAUCCCGCCGGAUUCCAAAGUUUGUUCAUCAUCAUCAUAAGUUAAGAAGGCUACCAUGCGGCAUUUUUGCGUGCUGACGGCCGUCCUUUUAUUGCUUGGCUUCUUUAUCCACCUCAAUGUUGUUGUUGGUCAGCCCUCUGCUGUAGCUCCCCCAAGAUCUUGGAAAGUUUCAAAUAUGGAGCGCAGAGACAAUGGAUCCAGUAUCUUUCCCAUUCUUGGCAGUAGUAUCAUGUCCUACACAACCUAUUUUGGCUUCUAUACCAUAGAUGAUGGCCAUUCAUUCGUUCUCUCUAUUGUGAUUUUUGACACCCAAGGUCCAGACAUCCGGUCUGCCAGCCCUGAAGUCAUCUGGUCUGCCAAUCCUGACAAUCCUGUAAACCAUGACGCGACCUUAAACUUCACCAGGGAAGGGGAUUUGCUCCUCCAAGAUGGUAAUGGUACCAUGGUGUGGUCCACGGCCACAAAGAGCAAGUCCGUCGCUGGUAUGGGCCUUGAUGUUUCCGGGAACCUUGUUCUUAUCAAUAAACAUAACUCCUCUGUUUGGCAGUCCUUUGACCACCCAACUGAUACAUUGGUAAUGGGGCAGUCACUUUGCACGGGAAUGAACCUCAGUGUCAUGACCUCAGACACAAAAUGGCCAUCUGGCAGGGUUUAUCUUUCUGCACGGUGGAACGGGUUGUUAUACAGUUUCAAACCAGCAACAUAUACAAGGUUGUUUGCAACUGAUACAUCAUCACCUUGUUCUGACUUUCGUAAUAAUCGUAGCUUUGGGAUACUAGAAAACAUGUUCUCCCUACCCUUGGCAAGAUCAUUACAAUUUAUGAGACUGGAGCCUGAUGGGCAUUUAAGGCUCUACGAGAUGCAAGGAGUUGGCCAGGGCAGCCUGAUGGUAUUUGAUGUAUUAAGCACAAAGAUGAACUUUUGCGAUUAUCCAAUGGCCUGCGGGGAUUAUAGUGUCUGCAGUAAGGGACAGUGUUCUUGUCCUAGUUUGAGCAACUUUAAGUUCCAAAAUGAACGGCUACCAAGCGCAGGAUGCAAACCCUUAAGUAGCACCUCCUGCAACCAACCGCAACACCACCAGUUAAUACAAGUCAACAAUGUUUCUUACUUCAGUAACAGCGUAUUCACGUCAUUAGCCAUUUCAACUUCUGAAAAUGUUUGCUGGCAGUCAUGCCUAAUAGAUUGUGGUUGCAAAGUAGUGGUUUUCCAAAAAUUCCAAAACAGUAUUUACUAUCCUGAUGGUGGUUACUGCUUGUUGGUAUUGGAGGACAUGGCAAUUUCAUUUGCAGAGGAUUCAUCAGAUCACUUUUCAAUGUUCGUAAAGAUACAAGGUAAUCACUCAGAAAAAAGGAGAAUAAUUACUAUUGUUCUUAGUUCAAUUGCUGGAUUUUGUCUGAUAUCUAUCUUAGUUUGCGUGGCACUAUGGAAGAAAUACAAGAAAGACGAGGAAGCACCUUUUGAUGUCAUACCUGGAAUACCAAAGCGUUUCUCGUUGGAUGAGUUAGAAGUUGCUACUGGCCACUUCUCCAUAAAACUUGGAGGUGGUGGCUUUGGGUCUGUAUUCAAAGGCAGGAUAGGCAACCAAACUAUAGCUGUCAAACGCUUGGAGGGUCUCGAGCAAGGAAUGGAAGAGUUCUUAGCAGAGGUCAAGACAAUUGGCAGAAUCCAUCACUUUAACCUGAUAAGGUUAGUAGGCUUCUGUGCAGAGAAAUCACAUAAGCUUCUUGUCUACGAAUACUUGUCCAAUGGCUCGUUAGACAAAUGGAUCUUUUCCAAAAGUACAGUCUUUACUCUCUCUUGGAAAACUAGACGUGACAUCAUCUUGGGCAUUGCUAGGGGUCUGUCUUACCUCCACGAAGAAUGCGAGCAAAAGAUUGCUCAUUUAGAUAUCAAGCCACAGAACAUUCUCUUGGAUGACAAAUUCAGUGCUAAGGUCUCAGACUUUGGACUCUCGAAAAUGAUAAACAGGGAUCAAAGCAAAGUUAUGACUCGAAUGCGAGGAACGCGUGGAUAUCUUGCACCUGAAUGGCUGGGCUCAAAAAUCACAGAGAAGGCUGACAUCUACAGCUUUGGGGUUGUGAUGGCUGAGAUCAUCUGUGGUCGAGAAAAUUUGGAUGAAUCGCAACCCGAGGAUAGCAUCCAUUUGAUAAGCCUGCUUCAAGAGAAGGCAAUGAUUGGCCAGUUAUCUGAUUUGGUGGACACUAGCAGCAAUGACAUGAAGUUGCAUAUGCAAGAGGUCGUGGAAGUGAUGAAGCUUGCAAUGUGGUGCUUGCAGGUUGAUAGCAGCAGACGACCCUUGAUGUCAACAAUCGCCAAGGUGUUGGAAGGGGUGAUGAGCAUGGAGGCUAUCCCUGACUGCACUUUGGUCCUUAGUUUUGCUCCAAACAAUACCGUGGGAUCAGAUUCUUCUUAUGUUCCUUCUGACUCACAUUUAUCAGGGCCUAGGUGAUUCAAUAACUGUUUGCCUCUGCUUCAUGUGUGCACACGUGUGUGGAAUGACGAGCUGAAUCUUAACUGAUACCCCAUAUUUUCACAUUUGCAACAUGGUGUUUUCAUGUUUGACGUGAGCUUCAGAGUGUUAAGGUCAAAGAACUAGGCCUUCACAAUGCUGGCACUAUCUAAAUCCAUGUUUGGGCAGAGCUUCAGGUUUUCAGAGGUUUCCUCUGCUCUCGUGGCUUGACGAAUCAAAAGGAUGUCAAUGAGCGACGUUGUUGUGAUACUGAAGAAGGUAAAAGGUAAAAAAUGAUUACAUCAAGUAGACAUCGGUUACGGCGAAUAUUACUACCCAACGAUUGGUGACCCUUAUAUCAACAUGGACAGGCAAAAAGGGCAAAUGUGUUCUUCCUUAAGUAGCACAUCGUCUGAUCCAGGCAUCUUUUACUUCCUUUUACCUAAUUCUAUCAACAUUUCUGUAUCUCCUUUGGAGCUCAGCAUCGUUCGUUUUGUCAGGAAUCGGUUUAAUUGCUGAUUUUGUGACUUGCCAUCUCAAGUAGCACUUUUAUUUUUUCCCCUAAUGAGUACUGUAUACAUGUGAGUUGUGAGCCUAUAUUACGGAAGCUACUGAAACCUGAACAUGUGCUGCUCAUGUC